AUGCAACCACUCCCAAAAAAAUGCAACCACCACCUAAUCUCCCAUAUAAGGUCCAUCAUCUGCCCGUCCCGAAGAAAUGAAAACCGUACUUCCUCAUCAACCAUGAGACAAGCUAUCUUUUCCAACCCUAACGAUGCUGCUGAGUAUUUGGCAAACUAUAUCAUUGCCAAAAUCAACGCCUCCACGAAACCAUUUGUUCUUGGUCUUCCAACCGGAUCAUCCCCUGAAGGCAUUUAUGCUAAAUUGAUUGAAGCCUACAAGCAAGGUCGAGUCAGCUUUAAAAAUGUUGUUACCUUCAACAUGGACGAGUAUUUGGGAUUGGCACCAUCGGAUUUACAGUCGUACCACUAUUUCAUGUACGACAAACUCUUUAACCAUAUCGAUAUCCCCCGUGAAAAUAUCCAUAUCCUCAACGGAUUGGCCAAAAACAUCGACGAGGAAUGUGCCAGCUACGAAAGGAAAAUCAAACAAUACGGCAAGAUUGAUUUGUUCUUGGGUGGGUUAGGUCCCGAAGGUCAUUUGGCAUUCAACGAGGCCGGGUCGUCAAGAGAUUCCAAAACAAGAAAGGUCGAAUUGGUCGAAAGCACCAUCAAGGCAAACUGCAGGUUUUUUGACAACGACGAGAGUAAAGUCCCCAAGUAUGCAUUGAGUGUUGGUAUCUCCACAAUCUUGGACAACUCACAGGAAAUCGCUAUUAUCGUGUUGGGCAAGAAUAAACAAUUUGCCUUGGACAAAACCAUCAACGGCAAACCAAACGACCCAAAAUACCCAUCUAGCUAUUUACAAGACCACGCAAACGUUUUGAUUGUUUGCGACCAUGCUGCCGCUGGAUUAAAGUCAAAGUUAUAG